CAAAAGUCGUCUGUAAAUUUCAGUCUUACCUCUAAUUAUUUCAAAAAUGUCGCCUGCUUACCCUUCUCACUUUUCCAUCGAGCGAAACGCUUGACGUGUCAAGGUCCUUUUGAAGAGUAUUGUGUUUCAACGCACAAGGUCACUCGUAUAUUUCAAUUCCACCGGGGCCACGUUAUCUUAUCGAAACUCUAUAUUAGCCAAAAACUCAACAAUCAACACUGUUUUUCGAUCUGAUCUAUACGACUAUAUUAUGACUAACUCAAAUUUUCAAGAACAUCAAAUACAUAAUGUGCGUAAAUCUCUCAAAUGUUGUGUUAUUCCUAUUUUUGCAUUCUCAGUGAAGUAUAAAUUAUUUUGAUUGAUAGGAAGUUUCAUAAGAAUACGUAGCAGCUCAUAACAAAAUGAUCGCAUCACCUUGCCGAACUCUUCGCAGUAUGUUCAAUAAAUAUUGUUUAUGCUUGGCCAUUUAUAUGUGUGAACCAUGGGAAAAGGUCAUAUUACAUUGCAUCACACUGGCAAUAAUCUGUGCUCUUACAUAUACUGCAGUUUUAAUUGUUCCUAGUCACUUAUCUACCCUUAUAAUAUUUGUGUGGAAAUGCCUGAAUGGAGAUAAGCAUUGACAUUCUAAAACUCUGAACAGCGUUUUAUAAUAUUGUUAGUUAUUUUAAAGUUCUUAAAUAUUUAAAACUAACUUUAAAAAUAUUUUUUUAACUAUAGUUUACUCAUCAUUUAUUCUAUUUCUAAAAAUAUUCACACAAACCAUGCGUUGUCCAUUAGUAAAUAUGCUUUAUUUUGCUGUGCAUUAGAAGCUAUGUAAUUAAUUUUAUUGAAAACUGCCAUUCAAAUAGUAUUUAAAGCUCCCCUUCAGUUUGUUCGUUCUGUUAUUGUUGCGUAGUAACUGCAGAACACCUGUCACGUAUACAUACUUAAUAAAGCGGAUUAGAAAAUGAAGAUGAAAAGUGUUGACUCACGUGGAUUAGUUGCUGAAGAAGCAAGAAAGCAUUAUAGUCUCUGUAUGAACGUUUUUCUGCAUGUACGUAACAUACAAGUUAUUUUAAAAAAAAGAUAGGUAGUGGCUAGCGGCGAAACCCUGGACGCGCGUUUCGGCUUAUCCUACAGUUCACUAAGACUUAAAACCAGUUCCUUUCUCUUCAAACCCCCAUCGCGUUAUCCACUUAGCUAAAGCCCCCAAAUGCCCUGAUACGGC